AUGGACCCGUGCGCUUCCUGACGCGGAGCUUGAAUUCCUGCCAGUCAGUGUGGCUGCACUUCCUCCACCCCUGGCUUGCGAUCACCAUAAUUUAAAAAAAAAAAAAAAAAAAAAAAAAUCAUGUGCCGGCAGUGAGUACAGAUUUAAAAUCGUGUGAUUCGCCGGCGCCGGGUUCAUCUUCACUGGACAGGCUGGGCCCAUUUGCAGAUGCAGCAGCAGGGAUGGUGGUGAACUGACCCUGAGAGCGGGCCCAUAGUGUGACACGAAGCCGGCCGGGCAGCUGUGGUGGGAGAUGAGGUCCACUCUGACUCUGUGCGGAGGUGGGGGGGGUGGAGAGGAACCGCGGCGCCUGAGGUCCAGGGUGGGGAGGAUGAAGAGGCUGCUCUUUCUGAGAUCGAGCCACCGUGUGGACGUCCACAUGGACAUGGAGCCCGGUGUGUGGCUGAGGAGCUUCCAGCUUCUGGACACUGAUGGACAGUGUGAGGAGCCAGUGCAGGAGUGGGGGGAGGAAGUGGAGGACGGGGCUGUGUUUGGCAUCACGCUGCGCAGGGAGCCCGUCCAGCCGAGCCUGGACUCGGCCGAUCCCUCUACAGCCCUCAGCUUCAUCCAGUACCACACGGUGAAGGUGCGCAGACUGAAGGCCGGUACCCUGGAGCGUCUGGUCACCCACCUGUUGGACUCCGAGCACCAGGAGCCGGACUUCAUCCGCAUCUUCCUGUCCACGUACAGGGCCUUCACCUCCACCAGCACCCUCAUAGAGGUGCUGUUUCAGAGGGAUGACUCAGUGGCCAACCAGGAUAACACUGUCUGCCCACAGAGCACUCUAGCCCCGGUGAUCCGACUGUGGUUGGAGGAAUACAGUCAGGACUUCAAUGACCCUCCUCAGUACCAGGCCCUCCGGCUGCUGUGUGCCCAUUUACGGCACCGACUCUGCUUCAGACGCCUGGCCCACACUGCCGAGAGCCUGCUCAAGAGACUCCAGGAACAAGACUGCACUUCAAUCAGCCGGUCUGCAUCAGAGCAGAGUGUUGAAUCUCCCCACUCAGAGGAACAUGAAGAUCAGGAGGAAGGAGGAGAGACAGCCAAUAAGGAGGAGGACAAGUGUAACUUCAUGGAUUUCCCUGUGAAAGAAGUGGCAGACCAGCUGACCAGACUGGAUGCUGAACUGUUUGUGAAAGUGGUGCCCUUCCACUGCCUGGGCUGUGUUUGGUCUCAGCGUGACAAGAAAGAAAAUCGCAACCUUGCACCCACUGUCCGAGCCACCAUUUCCCAGUUCAACGCUGUCACCAACCGUGUCAUCACCUCCCUGCUCUGCCCGCACACACCCAGCCCCGCCACCUCCUCUCCUGUCUCUUCCCCCAUCUCUUCCUCUUCCUUCCUUUUCCCAUCCACUGCCCCAGGCUCACCUCGCUCGUCACACACUAACCCCGCCCACAGAGCACGCAUCAUCGAGAGGUGGAUUGCCAUCGCUCAGGAGUGCAGACAGCUGAAGAAUUUCUCCUCUCUGAGAGCCAUCCUUUCAGCCCUGCAGUCCAACGCUGUCUAUCGCCUCAAGAGGACCUGGGCUGCUGUCAGCAGGGAGUCUAUGACCAGUUUUGACCACUUGUGUGAUACCUUCCCUGAUGAGAACUGUGUGCUAACCAGCAGAGAGAUCCUGGAGGAGGAUGGGAGUCACCAAGAAGACAGUGCCACCCUGGGCUCCAGAUCAGUGAGACUCUGCCCUGUGGCCAAACAAAUGAGUUCCACCAGUGGCAUAGUGCCAUACCUGGGCACCUACCUGACUGUGCUCACCAUGCUGGACACAGCACUUACUGACACUGUAGAGGGUGGACUCAUCAACUUUGAGAAGCGCAGAAGGGAGUUUGAGAUUCUUUCUCAUAUCCGGCAACUUCAGGCGUCCUGUUCGCAGUAUAGCCUUCCAGUCAACCCUCGCAUCACUGCCUGGCUGCAGGCACACACACUGCUCACCGACCAAGAGAGCUAUGAGCUGUCCCGUGAUCUGGAGCCCCCAGUUGACCCCUGUCCCAGUUCACCCAAUUCAUGGAGCCAUCGUCUGCUCACUAAAAAGCUCACCUCGUUGCGAACCGCCAGUGAGAGCUCUAGCAGGAAGACCCAUGCUGACCAGAUCAGUGUGUCGUCCUCUGGUUCCAGCAGUUCAGAAAUGGAGGACCUGUCCACCCCGCAGCCUUCACCCCUCAGACUCAAGCUCAAGUCUCUCUCGGGCUCUCUUCACAACGUAGCUGAGGACUUCUCCUCGGCCUCCAUGUCCUCCUCCUCCCCCAGUCUGUCCACCUCCUCCUGUAGUUCCUCCCAUCCAGACCUCAGCUUGUCCUCCCCCUUAAUGAGUCCAGACUCGUCAUCUUCGGCCUGCUCUCAGCAGUCUUUGCUGCCUGUCUACAACAAGCAGGUCGCUGACUCCUGCAUCAUCAGAGUCAGUGUGGAGUGUGGCAACAACGGCAAUGUCUACAAGAGCAUACUGCUGACCAGCCAGGACCACACACCCCAGGUGGUGCAGAGGGCCCUGGAGAAACACAACAUGGACGGUGUCAGCUGUCAUGACUUCAGCCUCACCCAGCUGCUCAACAAUGGAAAAGAGCUCCAGAUACCCCACAAAGCCAACGUGUUUUAUGCCAUGUGCACCUCAGCCAAUUAUGACUUUGUUCUGCGCCAGCGCUGGAGGAGCCAUGGAAAACAUCUUGGCUCCCCUUCCAGCCCCGGGGCUCAGCCCAAGAGCCGCCAUGCCAAGUGAACAGCACCGGUCCUGGGUGAAUGUUGGAUUUACAUCUGGAGGAAUAAAAGGGGAACAAACAGCACUUCUGUGGGUGUAUCAUCUACUUAGUGCCAUGAAAUUGUCACUCUGCAACAGAAUGAGUGUUUCUGCCAUAGAGAUGCCCAAGUAAACUUAAAGAGCUGGGGCUGAACACUGAAUUAAUAUAGUUUCUUCAAGAGGUGGUAGUUUCAGUGGCAGCUUUGGACUGCAUGGACUACAUGAUGUCUGCCUGAAAGAUAUCAAGCAAACAAAUACACCUUAAAGUAAAAGUUGAAGAGUGAUACAAGAAGACAACAUAAUGUGGAAAUGUGGAAGUGUGUCAAGGUUAAAUGUCUAGAGGCAGCAGCUUUGAGAAGGAAAUAAUGAGUUUUGUAUGCUCACAUUGUUCUCUGUUAUCGGUGUCAUCAUCUUUUUGGGACAAAUGAACCACAUUUAGACCAUGACGUUUGUUCUCUGCCAACAUAAGCAAAUAAGCUAUGAUAUUUAGGACUAUUGAUGAGCACUGUACAUUCAUGCAGCAGUCUUCUGCCAUGUGUCUGUCAUUAUAAUGUAGAUUCUCUUCCACUCUUGGCUAUCAGUAGUGCUGUUUAAAUAUAAAGGUUAAGGAGCAGUCACCCUGUUGCUGGUCUCAGAAGAUGGUUUGCAGUGAAACAUGAUCUGUGUGGCUGCACAUUGUGGUGUAUGGGAGCUAGCUAGAGCACAUGUGGGACUUUGUUUUCAUGUAACCUGUAUGCCUUUAAAUGUCUGAACAACAGGAUCUGCUGUCUGUCUUACCAUACGGGCCACAGAAAAAAGAGAAUCAAUAUUGCAAAGUAAGAGAGCAUCUUGCACAGAUCUGGAUCCAAUGUCAAAUUUUUCAAAUUUUUCAGGUUUUCUUAUCGAGAACAUUGAAAAGCAACGGGGGUUUCUCAAAUGUGCAAAUGCUGCCCAUCUUAAGUACUUAAAAUACUGUGUGGACUCCAAUCUCCUUUUCCUAAAUUGGGAAUUCUGUGUGGCAGGACAGCCAUUUACAUAGCUGGAGUUGACGAUAGUAAUAAUACAGUGUAGAUUAAAUAAGUAUAAAGAUUUUAAUGUAACUUAAUAUUAUGUAAUUUUAUCACCUUUAUAUAUUUAAUACAUUUCAAUGUUUAGCUUUCACAGUGCAAUUGUGGUGUAAUGUAAAUGUAUUUAUACUUCUAUAUAUGUCCUUUUUUUUGUUUUGUUUUGUUUUUGUUUUUUAGAGGUAAAGUCUGAGAAGGGCUGAAAUGAUAGAUUUGUCAUCAUCCUGUGAGUUUUAAAUGCUACACUAGCCUAUCACUGUCCUCUAGUUUUUGUACCCUAACUCCGGACAAUGAAGUCUUUAAUGUAUUAUGUAUGCAAGUGUUUUUCUGUCUGUUCUUAUUAGAUGAAGGAGACAUUAUAUGUGACCAUAGUGCAUGUGUGCAGACUUGCCCAUGUGUGAAUCCUAAAGUGACCUUACCUUUAGCUGGUGGACUGCGACUCUUAGCGAUUUAAAAUAGAGUGGUGCUCAGAUGCUGACAUGUGGUGGGUUGCUGUUGCGUUGUCCUUAUUUAUUAAGCUUGGAGGUUGUGAUUUGGGCUGAAAAGCUGAGCACUACAGGCUGCAGUUUGGGACAUCUUUUCUCAUUAUACAAGUAAAACAGGCCUGCUUCCAUGAGUGAAAUAUAGCUCACUGUACCUGCAGGUGAUACACAGUUUUCUGUGCCGAGUCGGACUAGCCUGAAGAAUGAUUUCUGUAUGUGAAUAUGUGUCCUAGGAUGUGAAUUUAAUUUGACGUGAAAGGCUGCCCCAGUGAUGUGACAUCCACCCCAAAACAAGCAAGGCAGCUCUCAGGAAUUAUCAAAAAGUGAAUUUGAAUUUGUGUGUUUGAAAAUGUAUUUAUGAGAGAUAAUAUUGGUGAAACAGCAUCAUCAAGUGGAGCCAAGUCAGUCUGUUGAUGAUGUACACAGCCACAGUGGUUUACACUGAUGUUUAAAAUUUAUUUAAAUUAAGAAGGACACUGCGGGUGAAGAUCCUCUUGAGUUUUGUGUGGGAUUUACAUCACUGGGUCCAGAUUUAAUGUGGUGUUGAGAGUGACGUGAACGACUGGCACCAAGACAAGGGUUUGGCAGCCAUGAGAUAUGCAUGAUGAGUCCACACACUGAUGUGUGCUCCAAGCAUCUGUCUAUCGACUUAUUGCUAAUUUGUUCUCUCCUUCACUCUGGAGGUCUGAAUUAAGUUGGAGUGAGACUGUUGAGAUUUUGUAUGUCGCACUGUGAGCCGAAAUGUGUACGUGCUAAUGUUUUAUUUCAAUAGAUGCUAUAUUUUUCAAGUUUAAUCUAAAUAGUUGCUUUUCAAAGUCACUUAUUUGUAAUUAUUAUGACAUAUCUAUUAAUAAAGCCAACAUACUACAAAUGGUUA